AAGAAGAAGACGGAGACUCUACAGACGGACAGAGAGAAGAAGAGACGGUGAAAACAGACAGCUGACAAAAUGCCGAUGACAGAUCUGUUGAAAGCUGAGGAGAUCAAGAAAGCUCUUGAUGCCUUCGCAGCGGAAACAUUUGAUCCUAAAAAGUUUUUUGAACUGAUUGGAAUGAGGGCAAUGUCGGCUGAAAAUGUCAAGAAGGUGUUCCAGGUUCUGGAUGUAGAUGGAAGUGGGUUCAUAGAAGAGGAAGAGCUCAAGUUUGUUCUCAAGGGCUUUUCUGAGGACGGCAGAGAUCUGACUGAUGCAGAGACAAAAGAAUUUAUGAAAGCGGCAGACAAAGAUGGAGACGGCAAGAUCGGCAUUGAUGAGUUUGAAGCCAUGGUACAUGAGUAAGAAAGAGUCUACUAAUCUACUCGUUUUCUUCAUUCACUUCUUAAAACUGCCCCCGUUCAAACUACCCCCCAGUUCCUUUUGAAACCCAAGCACAGAAUCAGAGCAGCCCUGUUUCCUUCAACACGAGGAUCCACCACCACAAAGACAUCCAGGUCUUUAGGCAACAAUCUAAUUUUCAUGCUUUGUUUUUUAUAUUUUAUUGCGAUCAACUUUUGGAAUUAUUUAUGAUUCAACAAAGAUGUCUGGGUGAGCUGAAGGUGAUGUUGAUGUUACGAAAGACCAUCAAGAUGUUACAACUGCAUUCCUCUGUGUACCUCAGAUCACAUGCUAGACCUUUCUCCCACUCCUCCUCCCCCUCCUCCUCCUCCUCCUCCUCACUCACUGCCUCUGCUAAGAAUGUGAGGGGCAAACUGAUAACAAAAAGCUGUGAAGAGAAAAAAGAUGGAAAAUUUUAAAAAAUGAGAAUAAAAAAUAUUGAGUAAGAA